AUGAUGGCUAUUGAACAGUCUUCAAAGCGGAGUUCAGACUCGCCCGGGGUCGCUGUGGAUGGCAAGAAACGACGGGUGGAAUUCGCCGAUGAGGUGAUGAUCCACAGCGAAAACGGCGAAAACCAUACCAAUAAGGAGUUUUCUGCAAAACUGUAUCACAACUUUGUGCUGAGCGCGAUCAAAGAUCUCGAUAGGAACGAUGCAUCUCAAAUGAACUCGCUAGCUUCGCAGCUUUCGCUGCCUAGAACACAUCCCGAUUGCAUUUCGCAGGAGAAUUUAACUGUACUUCUGCGAACCUUGUCCUACAAUGUGAGCAAAUUGGACUCACAACUGUGCACACCUUUGAUCCAGGCCAUCGUCAACUUCGAGAAGUGGUGGGAGCUUCCCCAGGCUUCUCUAGGUACGUAUAUAUUUUUCAUUAAAAUUCUGUGCUCCAGCUUGCCUAAGUGGUGGCAAGAUGUGUCGCUCCCAUUGAUCGCCAAUUUCACUCUGCCUGUGGAUAAAACCGAUCAACAUCAUCAAAUGCUCAAGUACUUCCUUCGCACGAUACCCACAUCGAUCGGAUUCAUCGAUUCCUACAUUUCCCGGUUUUUCCCCAAUAAAAACGACUCUAAGAGAAAUUUGGUCAACUAUGCGGCAAACGUUUUGCAGCUAACGGAUUACUGCAACGAGUUAAGAUUUCAAUCGUGGUCGUUGGUUAUUGAAAAGGUGAUAUCGAUUGACGUUGAACUUCAAAACGAAUUAGACGAACUAGACGAUGAAGUUGAAAAUGACAUUGAUGACGAAAUUGUCGACGACGACGAUGACGACGAUGGUGAUGACGACAACGAUGCUGACGACGACGAUGCCGAUAACGGGCACGACAAGGAUACAGAUGCAAUCCAAAAUCUUGAUAAUGCUAGCGACAACGAUUCUGACAAUGAUUUCAACGAUGACCUCAUGGACGGUCAGGAAGAGUAUAACGUUGUUGUUACGCAAAACAUAAAACAGCUCUCGUCAAAACUAGACGCAAUUCUCUCGCUCAUAACCAAACGUCUGUCGCAAUCUUUGACGGCAGAGAGUAUAGAAAAUGGAGACGGUGUCAACAUUUUCAACACUCUGAUAAGCCUGUUCAAGUCGCACGUUCUUCCGACUUACUAUACCCGUUCCAUCCAGUACGUUUUAUUUCAUGUUUCACAACAGCAGUUGGAACUCAUGGAUGCGUUCUUAGUAACGCUCAUCGAUAUCGCAUUUUCCCCCAACGAGACCAUUGAAAAAAGAAUAAAAUCAUUGCAGUACAUUGGUUCCUUCAUUGCCAGAGCUAAGAAGUUAUCACACACUCAGAUCAUCUUUGUUGCGAGCUACUUAAUCUCUUGGCUCAACCGUUAUGUUUUGGAAAGAGAAGAGGAAGUUGAACAGAAUGGAGGCGUCGAGAGAUUCAAGCAUUUCUACGCCGCUUUUCAAGCAUUAUGCUAUGUCUUCUGCUUUAGGCAUGCAACCUUCAGAGACGGUGACAAUUGGGAAUGUGAUCUGGACAAGUUUUUUCAAAGAAUGGUGUUGUCCAAAUUCAAUCCACUCAAGUACUGUAAUGAAAAUGUCAUGAUGAUGUUUGCUCGUAUCGCUCAGCAUGAGGGUGUUGCAUACUGUUUUGGCAUCAUCGAAAAUAAUAACAAUGAGAGACUCAAAGGUAUAAUGGGCAAGUCAGAUACUCGAAACUCGGGUGCAGCGGUUAGUCGUUGGUCUCUGGCUACCCGCCAACAGUUCAUCGAUCUCCAAAGUUAUUUCCCGUACGAUCCACUUUUCCUCAAGAGCUACAAGCGAAUGAUGAAAGACUACUACAUUGAAUGGAAUGAGGUUAGUCGGGAUUAUGAAAGUGAUGACAGUGAUGAGGUCGAUGACGCUAAAAGCAUAUAG